AUGGGCACCGACAAGACAGAAGAGACGCAGGUGCAGAUGCAAUGCGCGAGCGAGGAGGGCAGCAUCAACCGCACGCAUACGGCCGAGGAUGGCGAGAUUAGUUAUGGUCAGCGACCGAAGCUCACAAACAUCCAAUUCAUCGGCGUCCUCGCCGGCUUUGGCAUGUCGUUCGUCGGCUCGCAAAUCCAGCCUCUCCUCUUCGCCUCCAUCUUCCCCCUCGUCUCCGCCUCCUUCGGCGCCUCAAACCUCCUCUUCUGGUUCACAUGCACGCAGCAGAUUGCAACCGGUGUAAUCGCCCCAUUCGCAGGCUCACUAGCCGACCUCUUCGGCCGCAAAACAAUCACGAUCGCCGGCAUCCUCUCCGCCAUGUUCGGCAUGAUUCUUUGCGCCGCGAGUCCCACGGCAGGAGGGUAUCUCGCUGGCCAGAUAUUCAAUGGGAUUGGGAUGGCGAUCCAGGAACUCAUGGCUAUUGCGGCCAUUGCGGAGAUUGUGCCCACUCAGUACCGCGGGUACUACAUCGCCAUUGUGGUAGCGAGUUUCCUCCCCUUCGCGCCGGGCAGUCUGUAUGGGGCUUUGAUAGCGCAGCACAACUGGCGGUACUGUGCGUGUCUGAUUGCGGUGUGGAACUUCCUGACGGCGGGUGUUAUCUGGUGGUUCUAUAACCCGCCUGCGCGGGAGAACACCGCCGGUUUAACGUGGAUAGAGAAGGUCAAGCGGAUAGACUUUAUCGGCGGGCUGAUCAUGACAGGCGGGCUAGUCUUCCUUCUCAUCGCGCUCAACUGGGGCGGGCAGCAGUAUCCCUGGAACGACGGGAAGGUCAUUGCGUUCCUGACACUAGGCAUCGCAUUGCUUCUCGCGUUCUUCGCGUACGAGAAGUUCUUCGCGGCGUACCCUAUGUUCCCGUCGACAUUACUCCGACACCCGAGGACAUUCACCGCGCUCAUGGUCGUCAUCCUGCUGGCGGGCAUCAACUACGUCGCGCUGCUGAUCUUCUGGGUCUUGGAGGCCGUGAGCGUGUACGACUCGGACCAGGUCGAGCUGGGCGUCCGCACAAUGCCAUACGGGUUCUGUAUCGUCGGCGGCGCAAUCAUCUCUGCCAUUUUGAUUUCGGCGUUCAAGAGCCACCUGCGGCUCAUCAUGACGGCCUUCUGCGUUGUACAGGUUAUCGGAAUCGGCUGCAUGGCCGCCAUAAAAACCUCCGACAUCAACACCGCCUGGGCGCCGUUGAUCUUCAGCCUCCUCGGCAUCGGCGGCGUCCUCGUCCCCAACCAGAUCAUCGUGACAGUCAUCUGCCCAGAUGAUCUCCUCGCAACAGCAACCUGUCUAACGGCGUGCCUCCGCGCUGUGGGGCAGGUCAUUGGGACAAGUAUAUUCUUCAACCAGUUCACGGUUGCAUUGGUGAAGAACACGUACAGCCACGUCGUGCCUGCUGCGCUGGAAGCAAAAUUCUAUAACUUCGAGCUCCUGGCGCCGAUGAUGGAGACGCUUGUGACGACGCCGUGGAAGGAGUGGAUUGGGACGGUUGCGGACCAGGUGAGCCCGGAGCAGGUGGCCAUCAUCCGGCCGGCAAUUGUGGAGGCGUUUAGGCUUGCGUUUGAGAGGGUGUGGUUUAUCUCCAUUGGGUUUGGGGUAGCGGCUGUGGUUGCGAGUGUGUUUAUUGAGGAUUUGGGUAGUUUGAUGGAUGGGCAUGUUGCUGUUAAGUACCUUUAA